AUGGAUGUGGAUAUUGCCACAAUUUUGAGGACGAAACCAAGUAUUGUUCCUAAGGAAGCCCCGAAUAACUUACGGAAGCUCAAACCAGGAAAAAUUUACAAUGAAGGAUGGUUGGCUGUGUACAUGUCUAGAGAUUGCCCAGGAGCAGAAUGUCAGAAGCUAUAUUUUCAUCUUGAAGACAAACACUUGUAUACAACUACUUUUCUAGAGUUUAUUUUGGAGUUGGUUACGAAUUUCAAGGUCAACCACAAGGAUGACUUGAAAUGUUUCUCUAAUAUGAUCACGUGGUAUAUCCAGGUUCAUAAGCUGCUGUUGAGCUUCAUUCCAAAGAUCUACGAAGUGCAGAAGCGAAUCAAGAAUUGA